GCUGAGAUUGGCGGAGGCGGUCAUGUGGGCGGUCACGUGCUGCCGCGAGCUCCGUCCAAAAGAAAAUGGGGUUUGGUGUAAAUCUGGGGGUGUAAUGUUAUCAUAUAUCACGCUACCUCGUAAAACCGACACUGAAAGCUGCCGGACAACAAAUCACAGGUCAAAAUUAUGAGUUCUUCGUAUUAUGUGAACGCGCUUUUUAGCAAAUAUACGGCGGGGGCUUCUCUGUUCCAAAAUGCCGAACCUACUUCUUGCUCCUUUGCGCCCAACUCUCAGAGAAGCGGCUACGGGGCGGGCGCCGGCGCCUUCGCCUCCACGGUACCGGGCUUAUACAAUGUCAACAGCCCCCUCUAUCAGAGCCCCUUCGCAUCGGGCUACGGCCUGGGCGCCGACGCCUACGGCAACCUGCCCUGCGCCUCCUACGACCAAAACAUCCCCGGGCUCUGCAGUGACCUCGCCAAAGGCGCCUGCGACAAGGCAGACGAGGGCGCGCUGCACGGCCCAGCCGAGGCCAAUUUCCGCAUCUACCCCUGGAUGAGGUCUUCAGGACCUGACAGGAAGCGAGGUCGCCAAACCUAUACGCGCUACCAGACGCUGGAGCUGGAGAAGGAGUUCCACUUCAAUCGCUACCUGACGCGGCGGCGCCGCAUCGAGAUCGCCCACGCUCUCUGCCUCACUGAGCGCCAGAUCAAGAUCUGGUUCCAGAACCGCCGCAUGAAGUGGAAGAAAGAACAUAAGGACGAGGGUCCAUCAGCCACUGCAGUCUCUGAGGGUGCAGUGCCCUCCGCUGCUUCUGCUGCCGCUGCCGCGGACAAGGCCGAUGAGGAGGAGGAAGAUGAAGAGGAGGACGAAGAGGAGGAGGAAUGAAGGGCCACACUGGGGCCCUGGCUGCACUGGACAGUCAGAAAAGCGUCUUUGAGAAACUCACUGGUUUUAUUUACAAAAAUGGGGAAAAUAAGAAGAAAAUGUAAAAAAUAAUAAUAAAAAUAAAAACACCCUGACUCCAACCCUCACCCCACCCACCCCAUCACCCACCCUAGUUCCCAACUUUUCUGGACUGAGUGGCCACCGAGACUAGGUCGCCUUGGGAUCCCCUCUGCCUAUGAAUAUCCCAGUAGAUACCCCAAACCCUAGGCCAGCGCUUGGCUCUGGCAUGGCCAAAAUACUACCUAGCACAGGCCUCCUUGAGAGGCAACCCCCAAACUACCUAUGGGCCCAGCCCCAGUGGGCCUCCACUCCCAGGAAGCCCCCUUCAACACUGGCAGACACCCAGCACCACCUCCUAUAUCCUUAAGAAUGGUGAUUCUCUCAGUACUACCUACUAGCCCCAAACUACCUAUUUUGUGCUGGCUGGCUUGCCUGCUACUUGGUGCCGGCCUCUCCCAGGCCAGGCUCCUGCUUCUCCCAGUGGACUGCCUUUGAGGCCUCACUGGGAAGGCAUGGAGGUCCAGGGACCAGGGCAUUGGCUUCUAUUUAAAUUGAAAAAUAAUAUAUUUCUUCCAAAGCAUACUAUGUGCUGCAACCUAGAAUCCCUCUUUCUCUGGCUUGGGCACCUCAAGUUCAGGCCCAUCACCGCCCCCACUUCUGGAGGGAAGCAUUCCUGAGAUGGCUGCAGACCUCUGGGUUAGCUUCUGCUUCAUAGAAUUGCAGAGAUGCUCCCAGCCUCCCUGUCCUCUUCCCUAGCCCCUGUGUCCUACUGUUCAGCCAUGUCAAAUAUGUACACCCUGAUUUUUCCUACAAUAACAAAUACUGUAUAUUUGAGGGUUUUUUUUUUCUUUUGUCAUUUCUGUAGUCUUGGAGCUCAUUUACAAAGGAAUAUCUUGACUUGGAAAGGAUGUGUUAAUGGGGUGACUUUGUAGCAUGGUGUGUUGUCUUGAGCUAACUCUGUAGUGGCUGGGAGGCCCGAAGCCCUCCCUGAUGCCUUUCAUCUCCUGUGUUGUCUUGUGUCCCUCUUAGCUCCAGCUUGGGGUUCAGGGAAAAUAUGCUUCCCAGCCCAGCUAAUUGUGUUUUAUGUAACAAAAUAAAGAUGCUUGGUGACAAAGAAA